GCGGCGGUGGAACAUAUACGUUUACAUCAAUUAUUGUAAUGUGCAGAUCCCAUAUUUUCGGAUGCCAGAUAGGAAGAUUGCCCCACUAACGGCAUAAAGUCGUUAAUGGUGGGCAUUUAGCAACAGAUAAUGACUUUUGGAUUCUAAGAACUUAUUAGUAUUGAGAUAACAAAGCCAUCGGUUUGAACUUUUGACACAAAGACGAUCAACGAUAAGGAAACAAGCAUGGCUUAGUUCAAGCAAUUUAAUGAUGGAUUGGAUUAGAAUACAGUGUCUCGUUUUUGUGUUGAAUGUUUGUGUGAGAACUGGGAAUUUACAAGAAGCACCACCAAACAUACGCAACCAGAACUUGGAAGCUGAGAAAAAAUUAAGUGAAUAUGUCAACGUUAUCAUCGAGCAUUAUAAGCAAACAGAGCCAGUGGGUAUUCCUGGCGCUCCCAUACCGGACCCUCUCUCCAUUCCACCCAUGAACCAGUCGUUCUCUAUUGGUAGAAUGAAUUUUAAGGAUGUUGAAUUAUAUGGACUUAAAAAGUUCAAGAUCGACCACGUGGUGGCUGAUGUGGCGGCCAUGAAGGUGGAAGCGGCUUUAGUUAUUGAUAAAUUGGAUAUUGUGGGAAACUAUACCUUAAACACGUGGUUUUCCAGUGCGAAAGGAAAUUUCACGGUCAAGCUGACGCAUGUCUUUAUUAAAGCGAUGGCGACUCUGGAAGUUCAACGUAACGGCUCCCUCGAAGCCCAAGCCAUUGAUAUGGAUAUCACAUUUAAAGAAAUGGCGAUGGAUUUUAAAGGUCUUGGUUUUUUCGCUUCAAUGUUUCAGGGGGUAGUGAAUUCGGUAGGUUCCUUUAUGUUCGACUCCAUAAAACCGUUUAUACUGAGCGAGGCGAACAGCAAUGUGCGUAACGACAUCAACAAACAAGUUUCAAAAUUACCACAAAAAUUCCCCAAUUCGAUAUCGCCGUUUGAUGAGCUCGUUGCUGAAGCGCGGAAGAAAGUUAGAGCUUUAGGCUACGACCCUUUCAAGAUAGCUGACUACAACAACAGCGUCGGCGUUUUCGACGUAUACUUGAUGCAUACAUGGUUGUACGGGUUAUCCAGUUUUCACAGAACUAAGGACAUCGUUUUCGAAAUUCGCAAUAAUACUGUCCAUGCGUUGCUUGAAGUGGGAACCCAGAAGUUGCUUGGUACCACGCACUGGGAAAUAUCUCUGAUUACUGAACUACUAACCAGAGUUGGUACAGCGUCUUUUAGCGUUGAAUAUAUAGGGGUUCAAAUUAACGCCAGCCAGGCGAUGGACACCAGAAAACCACCUUCCUUGGACGACAUCCAGCUAGAACUCGGCAAUAUUCAAAUGAGGUUCGACGGUCUGGGUACCGCGGACUAUUUAAUAGAAUUUGGAGUAAACGUAUUGCCUAACUUGAUCCGCUACCAGAUCAUGGACGCGAUAGAGCGACCGAUCAAAUUGAAGAUUCAGGAGGAACUCGACAAAAUUAACGUCGAGGAAUUUAUAAGGACUAAUUCUGAGAAACUUGACGAUCCAAACGCACUUGCAGAUUUGAGCAACUUCUUAUAAAACCACAAGAAAGCUAUGAUCAAUAUGUAAUUUAUCAUUUGCUAUUUACUAUUGAAGAUAAGUCUUUCUUUUAAUUUAAAUCAAUAAAACGUUACAGUAACAGAGAUAUAAAGCUAUUUCCAAUGAAACUCCUAGCGUUUACAAUAAAAUAUUACGUGAAUAUUUUAUAUAGGUUUUUUGCACCGCCGUUCGACGUGAGAAAAACCCCUCACAUAUAGAGAUGUUACCAAAAUAAAAAUGUUGUUACCGGACCUCAUAUUAUCUUUACUUUAUUUUUAUAUGCUGCAAUUUUAGUACUUAGAAAGGUUACCAAAUUCGGAACACAUUUCUGACAUGACCAGCAAAAAAACCCAAGACCAACUUUUAAAUAGUCCAUUAAAAAAAAUCAUCUGCCAAAUGCUUAAUCAUUUUUGUCAAUGAUUUUUUGUUAAUUAUCGAAUUAAAAAUUGGGAAUGAAAUGACAAAAUUUUCUUUUGAGAAGAUACAACUCAAAUUGGGUACUAAAUGUAGUAUUUUGCCAAUUGCUUAAAAUUGACAAACUUAUGAAGUCAUAAGUACAUACUGCAUGACGGCCUAUUUUUUAUUAUCUUAGAAUCUGUCAAAAAUAUCGAUCAAACUUGGAGACAAAAGUUAUUUAGAUCCAAUUACACUUUGAAAACAUUAUAUUAUUUUAUAUUCAGUGUCUUUGAAUUCUUCGGAUUCUUACGAUCUCUAAGAUAUUAAGAAUUUUAUAUUAAAAGUGACGUCUGCAAGUCUAAAUAUAUCUAUGGAUUUCUUAUAUAUUUGAGGUUGAUUUUCAAAUAGGAAAGAGAUUUACUUUAGUGGUGAUCAAAAAGUAACAUUAAAUAUUUAAAUGAAAAAGUGUUGCUAUAUACUGAGGGGACCAAACAUGGCGGAAAAGAAAAAUUGAUAACUACAGAAACGUCAAUAUGAUAUUUUUAUGAAUAUUAUUAUAUAUUUUUUGUAAUAUGUAAUAACUAUAAGAAAAUACAAAGAAAUUGUUGUCUUUACUUUUUUCUAUAUUUUUUAUAUUUAUAACAUAUGGUAUUAUCC